AUGGCGGCGAAAAGUGCUAUCGAACGUGGAAUUAACACGAUCUGGCAAAAAAUUCUAACUGUUGUGAACAAUGCUAUAGUCUAUCUUGACAGCAGAACAGCUGAAUGGAUACACUGGUGUGGUAGUCUUCAAGAUUUUAUAGACGCAGGUGCACUUAAUGUCUGUGACAUUUCAUCAGCAAGAGUGAGUACCGCGGCGCAAUAGUUUUUUCAAUAUAUUAGCCUAAGCAAAGCUUAAACACUGGAUACAUUAACGAAUCCUUAUAACAGCCUGACUGUUUAAUGAUUAUGAAUUCUCCAUUUAAUUUAAUUGGCCUCAGUGUACAUAUUCUCACCGAAGUUGUGGAAGGAUAAAUUUAUAGAAAGAUUCAGCAAAAAUUUACACGACGUAUUCGUCAUUGCCUAGAUGUCAUAAUUUUGAACUAUUAUGCUUGAAAUUUGAGCGUACAAAACUCUCUUUCAACUUUGCCAAAAUAUGUUCCAGCCAUUGACUGAAAAGGAACAAGGUAAAGGGUGAAAGACAGUUUGCAACAUCGACAUGCUGAAGUAUGUUUCCUUUCACUCCUAGAAAUUGAAAUUAAACCUAAUCGUUUCAUUUCAGAGUGGAAAUGAGUCCGAAACAAAGGCUGUCUUUAUUGUUGGUACACUCCUUCAAAGUGAAACACUGGAUUUGGUCCAUUCUAUUGUCGAAUCCAGUGAUUUUCAGCACUGUACAAUUCUUUGUACUGUACCAGAAAAUGUACAUAGCUUUGCCAGACAUGCAGAUGUUGCUGAUGUGUCACCAUUUGGGGAAUUGUCACAAAAGCUGAGGGAAUGGAUGGGCAAUAUGGCAAGUAAAACUAUUAUUAUUUUGUUGUAACAGCCACAGAAAUCACACGAAGAGGAUGUUCUACCAAUGAAAAAAUCUUCAAUCAAUCGAUUAAUCGCUCUUUUGCAUGCCAUGAAUUAUUUUGCGUCUUUGGGGAUUUUUAUGCAUUAUGAAUGCUGAACGCAGAGGUAUAAACAAUAUCACUGUUUGACCCUAACCUUCUUUCACUUUAUUUCUAUCACUACCACAUAACUGAAGAACAAUCAAGCACACAAUUCUUAUUCUUGGGGUGGUAGUGUGUUUGGUGGGGGGGGGGGGGGGGGGGGGGGGGGGGGGGGGGGGGGGGGGUGGGGGGGGGUUUAGGUUUUUUUUGGGGGGGGCGAAGGGGGGAGAAAACACCGUUUUUUAAAAAGAGGCUUAACUUUUUUUUUUCUUUUUUUUUUGUUGGAGUUUUCCCUUUGGGUUUUUUUUUUUGUUCUGUAUAUAUGCAAAAUAAGAGAAAAAAAAAUAUCUUUGUUUUUUACCCACUCCUUUUUUUGUUUUUUUUUCUCCCCCCACAACAUAAGAAAAAAAAAAAAGGCUACUUUUUUUUUUGGUGGGGGGGGGGGUGGGUGGGGGGGGGGGGGGGGGGGGGGGUGGCAUAGGGGAAUGAGGUAGUAUGGUGAGAGCUUUAGACUUUUUAUCUGGAGGUCCAAGCAGGAGCAAAACUCAGUUUUUAGAAAGCUGAGCUUACCUUUUUUGUUUUUUCUUAUUGACUGCAGUAUGCCACUGUGGAUGUUCAUUAUGUGCCGUUGUUUGCUGCUGUGGUUUGUCCUGGACUAUUCAUCAGUCCUGUGUUUUCAUCCUUCUUUCCACUUUUACCGUCAGAUGUUCCAAGGCUACAAAAAUUUCUCAGGAGUACGGUAAUCAAACUUUUAUUUAAGUUUAACCUUCUUAUCAUAGAUGUGCUAUUUUUCAAAAUAUGAGUUCAAGUAUCCUUCACUGUUUUAAGGUUCUUGGUUUGUUUUUGGGGUAUUUUUGGAACCAAACUAAAGGUGGUGAAUACUUCUAAAAUGUGAGAUUACUGAGAUACUGAGACCCUGGUUUAAAAAUCUAAGAAUUUGAAGUAAAUUUCAAGACUCAGCGUGCAAAGAAAGUGCUGUCCGAUAGCCCGGGGCUAGUGGAUUUGCUAUCAGGCUAGUGAAUUCUGUUUUUAACUUGCCCGACGGGCAAGUGAUGUUUUAUGAGGAAUUUGAAUAACAGAAGAACAAAAAGGUUUUGGGGCUAGUUGAAAUGACAUCUGGGCUAGUAAAUGCUAGCUUCAGCUUGCCCGAAUGGCAAGCUGUAAAAAUGAUAUUCUUUGCACCCUGAGACUCCAAGAUGGAAAUAAAGAAACAAGAAAUGAUACUCAUGCUUGUUGUAGCCUACAACUGCCACACAGUUUGAGCCACUUCUAACUUCUUUGGAUAUGUAGCUAUCUAUACGGACUUGAACUUCAUCCAAAGAAGAAGCUAAAAAUGUCCUCAAAGCAUGAAGUUCUUUGAUCAUUAAGGGUAGCUAUUAAGUUUGUCAUUGACAGCAAGGUUGUAGCUAUUAAUAGAGACAUGUGGUCAAAUUGAGCCCUUUAACUUUUUUCUGUAGCGGUGGAAGUAACUGUUUUAAAUGUUAAUGGUUUUUAGGGAGACAAGAGGACAUUCAAUGGCCUAAAUGAUUUUGAGAUGUCUUCUCUUCCUCAUAAUUUGCAACUUAAAAUCAAGGUGGGUGCUCAUUGGGUUGAAAGCAUGAUUUGAAUAAAGGAACUGGAAACUUUUUUCACAAAGAUCACUUUCUUAUCCUUUAGUGGAGAAUCCCCAGCCAUGGAUCUCAAAACGUGUUUGUAAUGUAGUUAACUUCACAGUUGAAUGACAUUUUGUGUAAUUUCCCCUCCUAAGGAUAGCCUUAUGAGUAAUUUUGCUACAACCUUGGACAAAACUUUUUGAGACACAUCACAGUAACUGUUGCUUAAUGAAUGAACAUCCCACCCCAACCUCAUUCCCUCUACCAAAAAGUUGCUUUUGGUAACACCAGAAAAAUGGAUUUUAGAGCAAAACAACACUAAGUGGGGGUGGGGCAGGUGGUGACUUCUGUUUGGAGGAGAUGGCAGUAUGGCACAAAAUAAGAAAAUAGAUUUAACUGUCUCUAGCUUUUUGUCCGAGGUUGUAGCUUGUGCAGCAUUCAGUAGAAGUAAGAAAAUAAGGUCAGUAUGUAGUCUAGUAUGCAGUGUUUCUCUUAAAUUCCUGUUGCAGAUGUUUGCAUUUGGUUUGAACAGUUUGUUUGAACUGUUAGAUGUGAAUGAGGACUGUUAUGGUGUAGGUUACCUCAGUAAAGUCAUUGCUACAGAACUCGCUAACUUACCAGCAGCAAGGAUGAGAAGAAAGGUGCAGUUUGUGUUUGUUAGAUUUUAGUGAAAAAUGGCCUUAUGGCCCCCUUUCCUGGUCACAGCUGUCUACUCACCCUGUGGAUAAAGUUAUUCAAACCCCUGAAAACCAUUACUUGGCUCAUUUUUUUGUAAGAUUGAGGGGUCAUAGUGAAUCAUAUUCCAGAAUGAAAAAGUGAAUAUGAUGUAUUGUUGUAAAUAGAAUCUCAUUACAUUUGUCCAACCAAUUUGUGUCCCAAGAGUUCAGUCAAGUGAUAAGAUUUCUUGACUUAAAACUCAAGAAUCUUCUUUAACCCAUUGCUUCUGGGAAUUUUGCCGAAGAAUGUGUUUAAAAGCUACUGUCUAGCCGUUUUCUGGUCUCUGACUGGCUAUAAAGAAAUUAAACCUACCAAAAGAUGUACAGGUCGUAGUUUUUGUGGUCAUUUGUUCCAGAUGCAAAAUAUCAGCUUCGAACGCUCAGGCAUGUACAGUCAGCAAAAUUUGGAGGAGUUUGGAUUUAAAAGUGACACAGCAGUCUUGACUUUUGCUUCUUGCCUUUUUUCCUUCCCUCUUUUCCUGUGCUUUUAUCACCUCAUUCUCUUUCCUUUGGUAGACUUUAACUAUUCUUCAAUUCAGUGGGAAAAGGUUUUGGAAAAGCUUUUAGGAUUCAGGAUUAGAUGGUAGGCAUGACUUUCAUGGGAAAGAUGGAUAGAUAACACCUGACUUACAGAGUAUGAGUGUGUGAUUUUCUUUUUCAAACUUUUGUAGAGUUCCAGCAGUAGAGGAUCCCUAAUUUUGAUUGACAGAACACUUGAUCUGGUGGGUCCAUCAGGUCACUCAUUUGACACACUAGCGGACAGAAUCAUACAGUUGUUACCAAGGUUACCACAGCACACAAGUGAUGUGGCUGUCGACAUGUCUCCUCUUUGUUCUUGUGGCAGGUGAGGUAACCAGGUUACUGGUUUCAGCUUAAUCCUUUAAGUCACAAGAGUGACUGAAAUCAAUUUUCUCCUCUCUAAUAACACUGCAUAAUCAAGGGAAGAGGUGAUGAGAAUGAAGAAAGUGACUAACAUAGAGAAAAUGCUCUGAUUUCCUAUCAAAUUCUCUCAACUGAUUCUUUAAGGAAAAGCAAGGGAAUCAGUAUGGAUAAUUUGUAUCUGAAUAUUUAACAAUUAUUGAAUGAGGCUGAGUACCAUCUGAAGAAUCAUGGAUCCAACUUUGUUGCACUUUUACGCGCAUUGGUUUAAUAUGGCAAAAUUCUUCCAAAUUUGGUUGACAGUAGCUGGUUAUGAUGAAUAUAUUUUUUUUAUUAUGUGUGUGAUUUUGGCCAAUCAGAAACUGAGAAAUAUUUUGAAUGAAUAAUAAUGGAAGUUAAAGAGUUGAAUCAAUUUGUUUAGUGUAGUUUUGCUGGUUUACAUGCAGUGGAAAAUGGAACAUAAUUUCAAGUUAAUUUCAAAGAAAUUUCUGGUUUCUAGUUCCACUCCUCAGACUGUAGCGCCUGGCUGCUUAGCACACCCAAGAGACCCUCCUACCCAGGCUCUACUCUGCUCUAUAAUCACCAAGAGACAAAAGGUAUCUGUUUCGAAAGAGGAUGUAACCAGAUUAUAACUUUGUGUAGCUGUGUGUAACACCGUAAAGCUGUUUGUAUUUCUGUAUAGCACUGUACAACUGUAUUAUGGAGAUGCAUAAUUUCUGAUAAUUCUGUCUACUUGGGUAAAACUCUGUACAGUGGUAUAUAUAUUGAUUGUUACAGUGGAACCUUCAGUUACGGAACCUCUCCACAAUGGCCACCUCUCUACAAAGGCCAUCCACUUUUUUUGGAAGAAACCUGGAUUUCAGUUCAGAAAAGCUUUGUUCAUAACUCAUAAAGCACAGUCUACAAUGUAAAAAAAGGCGGGCAAUAAUCAUGUGGUAUUAUUUGCUAAGCUUUUCCAGUGUAAGAACUUUUUUGAACGUAUUAUAUUUUUGGGUCCCCUAUUCUUCUGUAAGAUCGCUGAAAUCAUGCACUACAGACAGCCAUCUUCACAGAGUCUAGCUUGAAGAUAACUGUCUCAUCUACUAAGGGGGCAGGGGACAGCACCACUGUACCCCAUCACCCACCCCCUCAGUACAUUUCCAAUUACAAAAUGGCUGCCAGUAACAGUGAGUUCUCAAUCGUGACGAUCUCACGGAAUAACAGGGGACUGUGAAUAGCCUUAUUCUUGGGAGUGUAAUGUACAUGUAAGUUUUUCCUUUAAACGAAGGAAAGUCUGGUGGAUAUUUCAAGGCAGCUCCAAGAAGCUUUGUCCAGAGAAUCAUUGAUGCAGAAAAGUAAAGUUGGAGUACAAAACAAAGUCACAGUAGAACAACUUAAAACAAUGACAGAACACUUUAGGUAUGUAACAGAGCUCAUUUAGCUUUUUGUCAGAACUAUUGCCAUAACCUGCCGCUUAUAAGCUCCCUUAGUUAAAGGGCAAGGCCCAUCUAGCUGUAAACAAGAAAAAUACAUCUGAAUAUAAUCUCUCCAAAUAUAAGCCCCCUCUUGCUCCAUUUAUGGGCCUCCCUCUGAAUUCGACUACCAGUAAGUAUGAAGUUUUGAAGCUUGACCAAAACCCAGUAAUUGCAAAACGAAUUUCAUGUUUUUUUAGCACUGCUAUAGCUUGCUUUGAAGCGCUUUUUUGUUCCAGUUAUAGGCCCCUUGGAUGUAAACCCCUUCAUCUAUAAGGCCUCUUAAAACCCCUUCUGAAGAUGUAUAAGCCCAGGGCUUUUUAUAAGCGGCAGUUUAUUCUUUUAGUUAUUAGCCUGGAGGCCUUACCCCCACCCAUUGAGCUAACAGCUUGCUUAUAAACAACAGUUAUAUAAAGUACAUGUAAGUACUAGUUUGAGAUUGCUUAAGUGAUUGUACUUGUUACAUUUCUUUGUUAAUUCUAAUAAUUUAUAGAGGUCAACCAAAGUGUUUACAAAAGCAUGGUGCUCUGUUGCAGUUGGUGAGAGCAACAAUAAUGGCUUUAAAGAGUGAAAGCGCUUCACAGAUGGACCACUUACAAGCGUUAGAAAAGGUAUCGCCUAAACUAGCAUCUCGUGAAGGUAGAUACAGAAGUGUUUCCAGUUUUGUUUGCACUUCGCUUAUAUGUCUUAAAAUCUCCCUCACUAUUUGAGACAAAAAAAUUAUUCUGAUGAAGUAAUUUAAUGACCAGGCCCCAGUUGUUAAAAAAGUGGAUAGGACUAUCCACCGAAUAAAUCUGUAUUAACUGAGUAGCACAAUUGGUUUCUCUAAUGCUUACUUGCUGGAUAGUGAUUUAUCUGUUGGAUAGCGCUAUCCAAUGUUUGAACAACCGGGGCUAGCGGGCCGUUUCUUGAAAGUUCUGGUAACAUUUCGGAUCCGGAAAGCUAUUUUAUGCUUGCCGAGUUUGCAUUCAAGAUAUAAGAGUCAAUUAUUGUGAAAUCGAUUAUAAUGAAACUAUCAGUUAACGAAGCAAAAUUGACUGGUUUGUGAGUGAGGAACUGUGCUACAAUUGAACAGGUUUUGAUUCCCUAAAUUUGCCUUCACCCGAAAAGUUAUCGCACCUUUCGAGAAAUGAGCCCAAGACCCCAGUUGUAAAAAGAGUGGAUAACACUAUCCACUGGAUAGUGAUUUAUCCGGUGGAUAGCGCUAUCCAAUGUUUGAGCAACCCGGGCUAGCUCCCAGUUAGCUUGUUAGCUCCAUGGGUUAGAGGGCUGCUCCAGUAUUGCAGAGGUCCGGGUUAUUUCGAAUCCUGGCAAGCAUAAAAUUUUUAAGCCUCUCUUUUUGCGUCUGCAUUUGUUGCGUCUUUAACUACGAAGACGUUUUCUUCAUUUAAUAUUUAUACUGUUUAAAGUACAGUUCCAACAUUAAAACGACCCCUUAUUAUUAUUUUCGCGUCUGUUGAUUUUAGGGUUUGAUUCUUCACAUUGGAGAACAUGGUCCACAAAGUUCUUUAUCAGAGUUGAUAACUGCAUUACAGAACGAUCAUCAGCAAAGGUAUAAAAUUAUUCAUGAAAAGCAGUGUCAGAAGCAGAAGUGUUUUCCAUACACCAAGUAAGGGGCUGUUUACUUGAAGGGAGGAAGAUGCUAGUACCAGGAUGAUCGUAGAAGACGGAAAAACUUUACGUUGGGUUUAUGCACAAAUUUCGGUCCGUGCGGUGCCCAAGUAGACAAGGUUCGAGAAGGAAGUAAAAAUGGCGGGCGACAAAAACAAAAGUGCAAUUUGGGCCCUUCUUCAUGUAAACGGCCCCUAAACGUUCCGAGAGUAGUUAAGUUGUGCUUACCUACUCUUUCCCUCUGUAUUUCUGUCACGGUAUAUUAAUGUAUACAGGUAUACUUGUAGAAGCGGUAAAGAAGCGGUAAAGAAGCGGUCACCCUCAAUUUCAACUCACUGCGUGCAGUGCGUCUUUUUACGCGGAAAAUUUCAUAGUCACUUCACUGAUUGUUUUUUUUCGUAGAGCUUAGAAAGCGGAGAUAAACGGUUGACAAACGGUUGUUUACCAUUUACAUGGUCAAACCGGGUUCACGCUUUGGGCAAAUGGUAAGCAAAAUUCGGGACUGCUAAAUUUCGUUCCGAAAUCGCGUUCACCAUUUGCACAAAUCAGUUUCAUUUACCCAGACACGGCCCCUAAGCCUAAAACUUGUAUGAAAAACAGUUUUCAAGAAAUGGAACACGAAUUUACAUUUGGAAUAUUCAUGUACCGACCAGGUAAACAGGAGUGCUUACUAUUUGUACGGAAAUUUGGGUGAAAAUUUUCCGUCAAAGAGUACAGGAAUGGGAUUGUGUUGUGCCAUUUACAAUUUUCGGAGGAAGCGUGGCACUGAUAAUCCAAACAGAUGGUUCAGGAAAUUUCGGUCGUUUCGAUAAAAGCGGGAAAAUAGGGGAUACCUCGAAGGUAUUACCUUUUCCCCCGUAAACAUUUAAACUGUCCCUGGAAUUACCGGAUUUACCGUACAAAUUGUAAGCGCUCCAGGACUACCUUAACAGGCAGACGUUCCGUGGCUCCCGGAAAAUUUUCCACUGAAACGACUCAAAAAGUCGUGUCCCGUUUACUUCUUCCAACCGUAUUUUCCGGACACUUUUUGUUAAUGAUAAACAACCAACAUCUCCACGAUUUCCAUGGUGGCCUUCUUUGAACUUCUCGACGUUUUCAUGGUUUUUUCCCACAGUAGUUUAUUCCACGAAGAAGUGGUCAUACAGGCACAUUUAGUUUUCUCGUGGUAAAAGGCCUUAUCUUGCGUGCAAAAGGCUCAAUGUGACCGCAUUUUAUGGCUAUUUAGAUUACUAUUUGCCCUCAAUUUGCCUUCAGAUUUGUGAAUGUAGAGGACAUUUUUCUUCUCCUGGUGUUUCUGUACUCGUUAACUGGUCAGGAAUGCUUCAACUCUCCCUUGGAAGAGGAACAAAUGAAAGUAAGACUCUCUAUGAAAAAAAUCAACGUUUUUUGCCCUCUGUUAGGGUCAGGGUUCACAAAUAGGGAGCUUAACCCUUUAAACCCUAACAUCAAAAUUCAAAUUCUCACUUGUUAUCCUUAUACGUCUUCAACAGAAGUAGUGGGGAGAAUCUGUUGAAGUAUCAGUUAGGUUCAUCUUGUGUGAUCAUGUCCUUAAUUCUCAUGACCACUCUGUUUUAUUAAGUUGUGUUAUAGAAGGAGAAAUUUGACGCCCAUCACUUUUAGGGCUUAUAAAGGGUUAAUAAGCAACGGCGACGGCGACGGCAACGGCAACUAGAACGGCAAAAAAGCAAUAGGUUUAUAGUAGCAAAACAUCAACUUUGCACGUGCAUCACGCUUUUUUGUUCAACGUGAACUGACUGCCUAAUUUCACGUUUUGUCAAGGACGGGAACACAAGACAACAACUUUCUUUUUCUUUUCUUGAACUUUGAUACAGUCCUUUAGAAUUCAACUCCAAAAAAAAUCGCCAACACUUGACGAAUCAAACGAGAUAAAUUAAGCGCGAUAAAGUUUGAGGGAGCGCGAAUUCACUUUUUAAGUGAGGUUUUCGCAGCCGUCGUCCUCGUUGUAGACUACGAGUAGUCUCCCAUUUUUCCUCAGGGAUAGUAGAGCGGGCGAAACGCGAGCGCGCGUGAAAAUCACCCCACGCGAGUAAAGGCGACACGCGGCGGGGAGAGAGAGAGCUCCUGGAACGUGAAAUCUGUGUGGACGGAGAAUUUGAGAUUUCACGCAACUCCCUGCGAAAGCUCAUUAAGGAGAACGCAAACUAGAGCAAGUUUCAUUGUACUUUUAUUUCGUAUUUCCCGCAAAUUUGUAGCCUGCGAACAGCAGACGCAUUUCCGGUCGUCGCUUCUAGACGCAUUUCCGGUCGUCGCUUCUCUCCCUCGGAGGGAGAGAAGCGACGACCGGAAAUGCGUCUGCUGUUCGCAGGCUAGCAAAUUUGAGGAUCAUAACUUCACCCCAUACAAAUACUGUCAUUUUACAAAAUUCCUUUUGUGGUAUUGGGCCACCUGUGAUCUCAAGUGAAUGUUUUGUAGCCGAUUAUUUUUAAAUUCGCAAAGUUUUUUAGUGUAAACAAUUCUUCCAACUAAUUCAGGUACUUUUCCACCUUCGUUUGGACGAGCGUUCGGCAAAACCAAAAUAGAACAGUCACGUUGAUGAAUAUAGAGCGUUUAAGAAACGACGACGGCGAGGGCAGCGAAAACGUCACUAUUAAAAUGUAUUCGCGUUUUUUCAGACGUUUUCAAGUUUAUUCCAACUCUUCGAAAUUCCCUGGAGUUGAAUGCUUGGGGACUGCAUCCAAGUUUGGAAAGAGAGAGCAAAAUUCCUCGUGGUUAGUUUACUUCCUCCAAACAACACCCCAUAUUAAGGAAAUUUCCCGUGGUGUUCGUGCAGGGAGGGCAAAGAAAUGUACCGAAGAGGGUGCUGCACGUGCAAAUUAUUAGCCAUGAUACCGCAUAGCUAUUGCGCCAGCACGAAAACCAUACGGGAUAGGGCUUCUGCGCCGAUGUCUUAAGUGGAUAGGUGUUGGCACUAAAGCUAUCCAGAAUAGUGUGAACAUAACCUAAAGCUUCUGAUUUAUCGAUGUGUUUAAACGGUUGGGAAUCCGAAUACGAUUUUAGUACAAACGCUUGCGAAUUCCGUCCAAACACCCUAAAUGUAAUAAAUCCGGAAAAAUCUCCUCUAGCGUAAGCAUAUCCGCAUUGUCAAACGAUUUGGUGGCGACUGGAAACGAGGAUGUAAUAGACUGGGCUGAUCUUGGUGGAACAUGACGGACGAUCUCAAGUGGUACAGUACAUUCUUCUUUCUACUAGGAGCUAUUUUAGGCUUUGCCGAUCCGGUCACUGACGCCUUAACACUGGCUGAAUUCUACAAAGAAAAACACCGGCGAUGGUUUCAGUGGGGAGUGAUUUUUAUGGUUGUUCCUUGUUUGGUCUUCCUGCUGGUUUACAUGUUGACAGUAACUUUUGACAGUGUGCGUAGAGUAACAGAUUUCCUUCGGAGAGUUUUUUUUAGUUUCAAUCCGUUCUCUCCGGCUUGGGCAUCUUUUAAAGCAUUUGUUUUGUGCCUGAAGAACUUCAAAAAGCUGUGGCACGGCGAGGAAAUCGACUGCGGAGACCGCGACGUCGACGACGUUAAUCGCUUUCUUGCGUAUGUAAACUUUGCCCCAUUUACGGAAGCAAUCGCGGAGUCAAUUCCUCAAUUUAUCAUUCAGCUUUACGCCGCUAGUGUGCAAGAGGAACCAGUCAAGAUCAUUCAAAUAAUAUCACUGAUUGUGUCUUGUGUUAGUAUAGCCUGGGCAUUUUCAUGUGGUGAUGAAUUUCUACACGACGGAGAGAUCAAGAUGAAGUUAGUGCACAAAGUGCUAUUCUGUGUAGAAAAUUUUUUUCUCUUGACUAGUCGACUGUUUGCCAUAUGUUACUUUAUAAUGGGUUUUCGGGGCUGGAUCUUCGUUGUUUUGAUUUCUCAUUCUCUCAUCGUGGCAUUAGUCGAUUGUAGCCGUCGUUGCCAGACAGACAACCCGGACUUGCGGUGUAGGCUUCUGUUUAUCUUUUUUCUUCUGUUUCAUUGGAUUAGAGAUGACUUGACUGCACCGCUCGACGCAGAAGAUAUAAGACACCGGAAGAGACAACUGGCGAAAAUACAAUGGUUAUCUCAUGCCAUGUUUGUGAUCGAAAAUUACGCCAUGAUCUUACUGUUCUUUUUCCUCAGCAAAUACUCCACAACCUGGUUCGCCUUUCCAGUGACAGUAUAUGUUUGUACUAUGAGUAUUCUUGGAACAAUACUCAGGCUUGUUCACUUUGGGAUUUUGUUAAAAGGUCGGGUAGUGCCGGAAACAAGCGUCACAAACGAGGAGGUAGAAGCUGUAGGCCUUGCAAUUCAACAGGAGCUGAUGAAUGCAUAUGCUACGGUACAAUCGCUGCGGACAGCCUAUGAACGUUGAAAAACAAAAGGGCCUGAUCACUAGCCUCCAAAAACUAUCAAAGAAAGAGGUUCUGUGGAGCGUUGCGUGACCACUAAUACGUAGUCUCCAACGCAGCCCGUUUCUUAGCCUGCGUGGCAGGCGUUAAAAGGGGAAGGGGAAGGGGGAAUUUGGGCGCGCGAGAGCCCUUCCCCUUCCCUUUCCAACGCCUGCCACGCAGGCUACUCGUUUCUUUGUGUCAUCGCGCAACACUUCUCCCCACAAACGUGGAGCGGCGUUGUGUGACGUUCAAAUUUUUUUCUAAAUGAAACUAACACUUGUUUAAAGAGAAAAACACUUAAUAUCUCUUAAAUGAAGCCAACUGGGAAGCCGUUUGGCUUGUUAGCUUAAUUGGUAGAACACUGCACCGGUAUCGCAGAGGUCAAGAGUUCGAAUCCCGUACAAGCCUGAAUUUUAUUUUGUAAUUUCUCCCAACUUUCCCUAUCUUAGCCCCUGGUUACUGUGUUGUUUGCUUAUGGUUGUUUCGUGGUUAGGGAUUUGUGUAGAAUUGACUGUAGAUAGAAUUUCCCGAAUUCUUGUUAUUUUCUUUUAACAGCAACAAGCCUCUCACUCCUUCCCCCUUUGGUCUGUCUCUGUCCCUACCCAGAGUUCUCUGUCUAACGCAAGUGACAGUUUAUAUUUGAAAUCAGUGCGCGCCUAAAGGUGGUUUCGUUGCCGCUUAGCAGUUUAUAUUUCGUUAUUGGUCCAGGGUUGUAGGGCUCGCACAGUCUUGAAAAGUCCUUGAAUUUUAGUGGAAGUCCUUGAAAGUCCUUGAAUUCCAUUUUUCCUUGAAAGGUCCUUAAAUUUCUGUGCAAGUCCUUGAAAAGUCCUUGAAUUUUCUUCAACUUUGAACGUGGUGGCCUGGAAAGUGUUUCUCAUGCUUUUCGGGUUGUCGAAAAUCAUAGCUCUGACAGAGAAGUUAAUGAUGAUUCGCAGAAAGCGUUUUUGUUUUAUGCAAUAGUUAACUAUCAAUUUAAGACAAGAGAACCGAAAAAUGAGAGACGUUGGUGGAGCAAACAGUUCAAGCCUUUAAGUCCUAUUAGAAUGGACUGGAAAUGUGCAUUUUUGUACAAUCUGUGAAAUUAAGUUCCUGGUAGGUGGUCCUUGAAAAUCGAAUGUGGUCCUUGAAAAGUCCUUAAAAAAUGGUUGCAAUUUUUUGUAUGAACCCUGUCAGGUCACCUUGAGAAAAGUUUCCCGGAGACUCAUGUGAAGCUCUGAGUGGAUCUCGAUUCCGGAGUCCAAUCGUUAAAGGGAUUCCGGAUUCCUUGUGCUGAAUUCCGGUUUCCAAAGCCCAGGAUUUCCGAUUCCAGAAGCAAAAACUCUCCAGAUUCCAGAAUCCGGAUAACCUUACUUGAGGCGAGUUGCACUUCAGACUACUCAAACCCUCCUCGAGCUCGUUACGCGAAAGACUUGGUAACUUCUUCGCCAUGACCUGAUAAAAUCGAAAACAUGUCUGCUCCCUCAAAUCUCCAUCCAUCCAUCCAUUCAGCCAAACAAUAAAAGGGUCAAUUAUUGAAUUUUCGCAAAUUCGCUAUUUGCCUUUGCACAUCUCUCAUAGUAGACCCUCUUGUUUUUCCAUAAGCUUUGUCUUUUAUUUCUCUUGGAACCACUGUAAUACCCAGGAGAGUUCACAAACAUGGGUAAUGCAAAGUUUUUGGGGGCCAAAAAAAAUGUAUUAUGGGAGAUGGGAGAUCUGCAGAUGGCGAAGAACAAGAAUAAUUUAGAAAAAAAGACUAAAUAGAAAAGAGGGAAGGUCGGAUAACGUUUAGUCAAAACCACUUCUAAAACGAGACAAAUACUGACAUUUAACUAAGUUUAGGUUGUAGCGAACUGACUAGUAGGGAAACGACCUGUUUGUUUAUCUGUACACCUGAACCUUUUGCAGAAAAUAAGAAUUUUAAUCCUGUUCAUAUUUAAGCUUACCUUUCGUCGGCACGUCGAGGAAUCAAGGUGAUAAACUAACAUUGCUAUGUUUAUCUCUCUUAGAACAUGUUGAUUAACGGUAUCCUCAGCGGAGAACUCAAAUGCAGUUGUGAGUCGUUCUUAGGUCAGUGAAUCUAAGGGCCUGUUUACAUGGAGGUGGGGUACCCCAGGUUGAUGAGGUAACCCACUUAGGUGGGGUAACCCGCCUGUCCAUAUAAUCUCUUAUUUUAGGGCCUGUUUGCAUGUAGGUGGGGGACCCCAGGUAAGUGAGGUAAGACGCUUAGGUGAGGUAACCCGCCUGUUCAUAUAAUCUCAUGUGGUCACCCCACUUAUCAUGUAAAUGUCAUCAAAUGAAAACAAGAGAUAAUAUGGACAGGCAGGUUACCCCACUUAAGCAGGUUACCUCACCUACCUGGGGUCCCCCACCUCCAUGUAAUGAUAGGUGGAGUGACCCGCAGCAUGUUACCUCACCUAUCUGUGGUCCCCCACCUCCAUGUAAACAGGCGGGCGGUAAGGCUAAGUUCACACGACACUGGACGACUUUUCGACCGGCAGAAAAAUUUGACCGGACACUUCGUUCACACGGCACCGUUCAAUAUUUUUACUCUGUUCACAGGGAACUUUGAACGGCUGGGCAUCUUAUUUUUAGCACGGUUUAGGUGGUUCCGUCAGAACGGCACACCUUAAUGCACGAAUUUUCAACCGGCCGUAAAUUUCACCAGUGUCGUUUGAACGUGCCCUAUGCUUUUGACUUAGGGCAGAUGUAGAAAUAAAAAUGUGACGGCAACAGCGACGGCGCGCGCCGAUCUCAAAACGAGCUUGGCUAAUGGCAGAGCGGGAAAUUAAGCAUCGGAAGUUGCAUUAGGACCUUUGCGUUCGCUCUCGCGUUCUCAUUUCUAAAUCUGCUGUUUAAGAAUGGUUUUCACUAGUGACGGAGUCGAAAUCGGAGAGGUGAGAGCGCUUAUGACCUAAUGAAAAUCAACAUCCGGUGUUGUAAGCGGAGUCAUAAGUACCCUGGCUGCCCAAGACUUUUCAUGCGCGGUAAAACGUGUCGACUGAAGCAUCUCGCCACACUCACCGCACGCGUGGCACGUUUCGCACGCUAGAAAAAAUCUCUGGUACCAGGGUAAGUCAGAAGCUCGACGGAAUAGGAGUCGGAAUAAUCAUAACUUUUACCGUCCGUCACUUACGAUCUAGUGAAAAUCAGAUUGGAGCCGACGAAAGCAGAGGCGGGAAGAUAAACCGUGACAAUUCGGUUUAGUUCGUCGAUUCUGCUUUUGAAUCCGACAACCUAGUUUUCAUCAGAUACCAAGCUAGAAGCGGGAACGAAAAGCUGCUUGCACUAAAUCGUAAUGAUCUACGAGUGCGACUCCGACUCUCGACUCCGACUCCGCCUCCGAAUCAACCUCGUCCCUAGGGUCCGCUGGGAAUGAGGUUGCCCCUAAAUGCUCCGCUAGUUCAACUAUUUUCAAUCUCAAACAGCAAGAUGAGGUAGGCGCGGCAAAAUGCCUCCGACACGGUUUUUCUUUGCUUACUUUUCAUUGGGAAUGACGCGAAAUAUAUUAGCCUAUCAGAAGUCACAGUAAUGCAAAACCAACCGUCAUUUACCAGCCUAUGUCGCUCCGAUUAUUCUACAGACGAGUGUGACAAGGCUACGACAGAAUGGCCAUUAAAUAACAUCUAUGACUUGCAUUUUAUAGGGUCUGAGAUUUCUGAGAAGACUGUGAGAAGUAGGAUUUCCGAUGCGUUCGAGAAAAUACGUGCCGUGAACUUCGCGAGGGAGGAGCUCCAAAUGUUCAGGUACAAUCGGUUUGAUACAGCAGAAGUGUUUGCAACAGCAUUUUCACUUUGUUGCAACAAUGUAUGUGACAGUAUUGAAAUAGUGUUUUGCUUACAGGCAGCAUUUUGAGUAAGUUUGUUUCCACGGAUUUAGGACUGUGCUGUUGUCACUGUACUUUGCCAACAUUGUGAAACGUUGUUUGAGUGUUGCAACAGUAUUGUUUGGAAUAAAGUUCAACAGAAAAUUCACCAGUGGUUUUCGUUUUUGUCAACAGAGAUGUGUUUCAACGGGGAACGGCCCUUAAACCAGCCCAGUAUCAGCCACUUGUCAGACAGGUUUGUCCUGAUUGUACGUAUUGUCCCUCAGUCGGUUUGUGCCCCCAGAAAAGUCGGACAGGGUUAUCUUGUUGUAUGUUCCACUUAAAUUUUAAUAUUUGUCUUCUUUCGACACUUUUUUCUGCCCAACGUGAUCAUUUAGACAGUUUCACGGCAGGCUCAGAAAAUGUUCGUAACGCUAACCACACAACUCAAAGUGAACGUGAGUACAGAACCCGUAAGAGCACCCUACGACAGAGACCGGAUUAUAGUCUUAGCUGUAAUUUUCCGCGUGAUUUUCCGCAUGAUUCUUAAAGCGGAAUGAUUAAGUUAAAUCUUCAGGAAUAUUUUAGCUGAUUAUUUCAGUGGUGGGAAGUCUUAGUCUAAGUGUCUUAACUCCGUCUCUUCCAAAAGUGCCAGUCAGCAAAACUGAAGAACAAUCACGAAAUUAAUUUUCUACAAUAUUUACUGAGAAGAAACCACGUAAAGGCACUCAGUGCCAAACAGGUUUCUUUGGAAUACUACCAGUCCAUCUUGGGAAUUUUUUUUUCUAAACUUAUUAAUUGGGAUGGGACCCCGAACGGAUAACCCAGAUCUUAACUGACGGCCUAUUUUGCACCUAAAAAGGCACGUUUCAUGCAAAUGAAAGCCGAAGUCGUUACUUUUCGGUCCAUUGUUAUGAACAGCAAUUUACCCCCUUAAUCGGAAAUAUUGGUAUCUGUAUUCUCUUCACUGUUUUUAGUAUAGUAAGUAGGAGAAAUUGUUUGUAAAUCAAAAAUUGCCUGAUCUGCAGGAAGAACAUGGGGAUAUUUUAAUGUAUGUCUUCCAAGAACUAUGUCAAACUGUUAUCCUUGCGACAGUGUGUUUGUCGUUAUUUUCUUCAAAAUGAUGUACAAUAAAACAGUUAUAAUUAGAUUCGGUUUUUGUGAUAUCCGGAAUAACAAAGGUCUCGAAAAGUGUUAUCAGCCACGGCUGAUAACACUUACCUCGACCAUGACUAUUCCGGAUGCCACAAAAACCCUAAUCUAUAAUAAUUGUUUAUUUUAGUAUAUGUUAAAAUCACUCACUAAAAAGCUAAUACAAAACCAAGACCCAGCGGGGGAGGAAACGCCCUGUUUGUGCCAUCUCAAUACCCGCUUCCCCUCCGGUCCUUCCCCCCCCCCACAACACACAAAACCCAAAAAAAAAAAAAACAACAAAUAAAAACGAAAGAAAAAAAAAAAAAAGACUUAUUGAUAUUAGAACAACAAAAAACUCAACACAAUCCCCACACAACACACCCGACUCACCCCUCCAACAAAAUCAAAAAACAAACCCCCCCCCCCCCCCCCAAAAAAAAAAAAAAAAAAAAAAAAAAAUUCCCUCUGUUUGCUUCGUUGAAAGGGAAGCCUGGGUUAUUGUUGUUUUCGUCUUCAGAUCAUUGAUGGUGUGUUUAGUCCUGAAUGUCCUGAGCUCCCUGAUAUCGAGUUUAAGUCGCAAGGGUUAAAGGAUUUCAUCAAAACUGGAUUUAGGUAUGAAGACUUUAAAGGGACAGGUUUACGGUUCAGCGCAUGCUCAUCAAUUAAAUUACUUUUUUCCAACUUGGUAUUAAUUCUAUUGGCUAAUAAUCCCACUCACAUGUAUCUCAGCGAUCUCAGACUGUAUUUCAAAGUAGAAAUGUAUUUCAGAGUAACCUGAAGUAGGAUGGAGGAAUACUAACAUCGCAGAACAAAUUAGUGGAAUAUGCCAACACUACCAACGUUGAAUUUAUUGUUGACCCGAAGGUUUUAUUCCAUGGUUGAUGAAUUUACAGCUAUUUGCACAUAAUUUGAUCAAAUGGGAGGGAAAAGCGCCCAAGGGACGAGGUUGAGGGAUGUGUGCAGAUUGAUUCUUUGACAACAUUAUGACAUGAUCAUAUUGCUUGCAUAGAUGAUACCGCAUGUCCCGGCAGAAAAACAGCAUUUUGAUUAAUGAGCGUGCGCUGACCCGUAAAACCGUCCCUCAAAAUUUAAAGCGCUCUGUCAGGAAAUUCAUCAAAAUUCAAACAGCGAGGGUGUAAAACAUCAAAAGAAUGGCUUAAAAUAUUAAACGAAGGUAUAACUGCAACUGAGAUAAAUAACACAGCAAGUUGGUACAAAAGAGGGCACGGAUGGACUAACUUGAAGAUUAAAACAGAUUGCAAUCGCAGUUUUUGAAAACUUGUCAGUCUAGCAGGUUUUCAAAGCUCAUAUUUGUUGUUUGUAAUGUUUGAUAUAUGCUGUGGCAGAGAGAUUUGUUUGAUACGAAGCUGUCAUUUUUGUCAUUUACAGGUCAGUAAAUUCGAAUUCCUCGGCGCUAACGUUAACUUUCUUUGCCAAAAAUAAAUGAAAAAAAAAAAAUGAAUUCGACAGCAGUGCCCUUUAAGUAAAGUUCACUCACUUGGUACCGCUGCGUGUACAGUUAAAAUUUUGGUGAAUUUUCUGUGUCGUUCUUUGUAAUCUAUCAACCUUAAAUAACUUUGAUUUUAUCGAAGUUUUGCGUUGAAAGUCUCUACUACUUGAUCUCUUGUUCUUUAUUGAAAAAAAAGUUGACUCGACGAAAUAAGUAGCCUGAAAUUCAUCCGAUUGCUUCGAGUCGUUUUCUCCUCUCAACAACGUCGUUACUGAGGGAGUAAUAACGACUCGAAGUAAUCGGAUGAAAUUCAGGCUACGAAAUAAGCUCAUUCAUUUAACUUGAACUGUCUAGGUUACUGAUAAUUGCAAAGUAAAUUAAAUUUUAAACGCAUCUUUUCUUUUAAUAUUGCUUAACUUGGACUGUUUACGAGACUAUUUCCUGGUUUAGCUGAUCUUAAUAUGUUUGGUGGUUGUUUCAGUUUAUUCAUGAAUGUGAGCAAGCCUCGACCUAAUGACCAUCCACUGCUGGUACUGUUUGUUGUCGGAGGAGUCACGUGUUCUGAAGUGCACCAAAUAAGGGAAGCUCUUGCAGCUUACCACCCCAACACACAGGUUAGCUUUUCUAAAUCGUGUUUUCUCACGCUUGUCGUUGCCUGGUCAAGAGCCAUGAUGGACAUUAUGGGAUUAUGGCUCUUGACUGGUUUAUCUGCAGGUUCUUCUGUGUUAUUGUCUUUUUUUUUCGGUUUUCGGUGGCAGGCGGUCGAAGGGAAGGGGGAAAUCGGGUGCACAAGACUGCGAUGGGUGUGAUGAACGCUCGCUUUCGAGUUCACCUCGCUCGCGAACGUCUAAGCAGUCUAGCAGUCUUUCAUGGUAGAGACGAGCUAAUUUAGUCGAACCCCCGUCAACACAUUGCCUGUAGAAUUUUUCUGUGGACGCUUUUUUUUUGUCUCUGUAGGUAGUUCGCCUACGUUAGGUAAGACUGUAUCACUGAAGCGCUACUUCCGAAUCCAACCAUUUACACACCUAGAGCAAAUAAAAUAAGUCAGUAGUAACCAUUAGGAAUUGAUAAUAAAUCUACAAACUCUUUUGACUCUUUGUGUGCCUCCUUUCUUUUUGCAGCUAUUAAUCGGCAGCACAAGACUUCUGAAAGCUGAUGAUUUGUUCAACGAAAUAUUUCUUCAAGACAACCUGUUUCCAGCUCUUCAUUGAUAUUUUCGUAACAGAGUUACUGGAAUAAAUCCCAUUUGCUGAGGGAACCUGACAGGAAACAUGCGCCUUGGUCACAAAAUGUUUGCAGCAAUGGAACUGUGCCACGCCACGUUUGUGGAAGAACCAAGCAAGUGGUGACAUAACAAGAUUUUGUAGACUUAAAGGUCAAGUUUAAAUCGAGCGGAUAUCUUUGGGACCUUUGGGCAACCUGGAAGUGAUAGGGAAGGGAAACGGUCAAUUUUAGACUUCGUAGACAAUCCGUUUAAAAGACGAACGCCUCCGCAUGGAAAUGGGUCCGAAAACUAAGUGUCAAAAGUGCCUGGAGCCAACCUCAUUCCAAGUAAAAGCCUUUGAAUGCAGAGGUCCACUCAACGCUUAUAAGUGAAACCGACUGGUUCUUUCUUGCCGGAUCUCUAAUGUAAAGAUGCUAAUGCCAGACGUUACUUGAAGUGGAAAUAAAAACAGAACUGAAUACAAGGCUGGCAAUACAGCAAAGGGCUGAUUUAUUGGAGGCCAAUAUAUCGGAGCCGUUAUAGUAUUCCCUUUCAGUGUAGCUCUGGCCCCGAGGAAGGCUAAUUUUUUAAAGCCGAAAUAUUGGCCUCAAACAAAUCAGCUCUUUGGCGUAUUGCCUGGGGAACCUUGGAACCAGAAAACUAUUUGAAUGGUAACGAUUUUCAGAUUCUUCAUCAAAUCCCCUGAAGAA